AGCUUAGGCGUCCAUGGUGACCAAAUAAGGCACGGCCAUCGGGUACGUGUGCAGAGCGUGCAUUGUAAAUAUAGGGUGUGUGUGGCGUCGCCUAGCGAUGUGUAUACGGAGCAGACCACAGCGAACAGGUGCACCAAUUUACUUUUAACACGUAAAUAUCACGAAGAAAAUCAUCGAACUGAAAUAAUGAUGUAAAUUUAAGGACGUAGGACCAAGACAAAGAAAACACAAGUAUGCAACGGAACAGUAUUGGUUUGUAAAUAAGCUGUAACUACAGGUGUACCCUGGAAAUGGAAUAUAAUGUUACAAAUUGAAUCGGUGAGUUCGAGAAUUGAUCAUUCACAAUCUUCCACUUCGAGUCAUGAUCCCGGCUCCAGGUCCGGCGUCGAUGGUAAUGGAAGCAGCGUUGUUGUUGGAGGUACACGGAUUCCCCAUCAGCGAUUCAGCUUUGACAAAUAUGAACAGGAACUAACGUUUACUCCGAAGCUCAAUGCGACAAGUUUAAAGUUGGCGCAUGAGCGACGGGGACAAUUAAAAAGUGGGAGUUUUCAGAGAGCUCAGGCUUCAACACGAGUUACAAGAAUUCCUGACAAUAACAUUCACCAUGCCAGCAGCAUGUCUCCAAUCCCCAAACUUCCGGGAUCCGAAUUUACCUUCAAACCUCAGAUGAGCACUGCCAGUGCCAAGAUAGCUGAAGGACUUGGAACAACAUUUAUGGCUCGCCAAGAGCAGCACUUGCAAAAGCAACGUCAAAAAUUGGAACAAAGCACAAAGCUGCCAUUACGGGGACGUCUCUCUCCUGUACCAAAUAUCGCCAAAGCAAGAAGAUUAAGCCUCAAAGAAAAGGAGAAUGACGAAACCUCGCAAGAAGCAUGGAGAACACCUACCUCAACUCCCAAUCUAAUAGAUGGUAAAGAGAGCUCACAUGGGGAAGCUGCAUCUAAAAGAUCGGUUGGUGGAUCUACACCAUCUUUAUUGGCUCCAGUCAAACCAGGACGGGGUGGAACAUUGAUGCAGACAUCAGUUAGUUUCAACAAGCUGCAAGAUAGCGCAUAUUGUCCAAAUACAAGUAUGUCCCUUAAGAGGCUGAAAGGAAGCACAAAACCUAAACAUCUCAACCACAAACGUGGAACUACCUAUCCUACCGAAGGUCGCUCAAGUGAGCUAGAAGAAGAAAAUGAACCAACCAGUCCUGUUGGCCCAAAUAAUCACACCCGUAGUAAGACCAAUGCCUCUCCAGAACUCUCUCCCAGGAGCAAGGCUAGGUACUCUGUAUCAAAAGGCCCGAACAUAGAUCGACUAAGAAAUGCUAAGAUUAUGGCUGAAAAAGCAAUGAAGACAAGAAAGAUCUUCACCAUCCAAGGUCCCUACCCAGUGGUGAGGGCGAGCCUGAUGCGCAGGUCAUGGGUGGAGAAAGAGUAUCGGCUCAUGAACCCUCACAAGUAUAAGAAGAAGAACGCAGGCGAUGAUGACUCUGAUUCUGACGAUGAUGACGACAUUGACGAUGACAAUGCUUGUGAUGAUGACACCGAUGCUGCUGUUGUUCAUGAUCCUGAUGGAGUUUGUGGUAUCAUGUCUCGGAUGGUCAGGAAUGCCACCCCAUCAUUCCUGUGGACAGUACGUAAGGGAGCCAUCGAUUAUAGACUGUUGAGAAAGGAUACCAUUGUCAACCACUUCUGCAAGAAUGGAACAUUUACUACGAAGGUUGGUCUAUGCCUUAGUCUAAAGAGUCUUCCAUGGUUUGAGGAGAGGGAUGCCGAUACAUUCUUUCCCAGAUGCUAUAGAAUAUGUGCAGAUGAAGAGAAAGAUGCAUUUGUUGGUGACUACAGGAUAUCGGCUGCUAUCGGUGUGAUGAAAUGGAUUGUCAUGAAACAAGAUGGAGACUUGGAUAUUGUUAUGACCAAAGACAAAGAAGAAGAUAUAGAGAACAAAGAAACUGACAAAACUGAUGAGAACAAAAAUUUUACUAGUCCAAGGAAUGGUAAAGCUCUGAAAGCCAAGAAGACACCAGUCAUGCUAGGAACUCCAUUUGUGAACAUCGCCAUCAAAAUUGUAGAAGAUUUUCUGACAUCUCAUGAACACGAUGAUAUUGAUGAAGAGAGCUCUCUAUUAUCAGAUGAGCAGUGGGACAAAUUCAUCACAGAGUACUAUCAACUAACUAGUGAAGGAGGGAGUAUUGAUGAUACUACCAUGCAUUAUGCAUACUGUGAUAGCCUCCUCAACAGGCUACGAUCAAUACUACCUCAGCUUGACAUGCAGGGAUUCAGGAACAUAUGGAUUGUAAAGCCGGGUGCCAAGUCUAGGGGCAGAGGUAUCAUGUGUAUGAACAAACUGGAUGAAAUCCUGAAGCUGGUCGGCAACCCCAUGGUGAAGAAAGAAGGGAAAUGGGUCGUCCAAAAGUACAUAGAGCGACCCCUGUUGAUCUACCAAACCAAGUUUGAUAUCCGUCAGUGGUUCUUGGUGACGGACUGGAACCCUUUGACCAUCUGGUGGUACGAUGCAUGCUAUCUCAGGUUCUGCACCCAGCCUUUCUCUCUUGAUGACUUGGGCCAAUCUAUCCAUCUCUCCAACCAAUCCAUUCAGAAAAACUAUGACAAUGCCUCAGCACGUGAUCCCAACCUACCUGAAGAUAACAUGUGGGACAGUGAUACCUUCCGCAAGUAUCUUGAUGAUCGUGGGUAUGAGGGUCUAUGGGAGAGUGUGAUUGUACCAGGCAUGAAGAAGGCUAUUAUUGAUAGUAUGCUCUGUGCACAGGAUGCCAUGGAGGCCAGAAAGAAUUCCUUUGAGCUGUAUGGAGCUGACUUCAUGUUGACAGAUGACUUUCUGCCUUGGAUGUUAGAGAUCAAUGCUAGCCCUGCCAUGGGCGCCUCCACACCGGUCACAGAGGAAAUGUGUGCCUCUGUCAUUGAGGAUACAAUGAAGGUAGUCCUAGACCGUAAGCAUGAUAAGAACUGUGACACUGGCAAGUUUGAGAUCCUUUACAAAGGGCCCAGUGUAAGUGUUCCUCCCUAUAUCGGGGCGUCAAUCUGUGUGGACGGCAUUGGCGUGCGGCGACCGGUUACGCUGAACCGGCAGAAGAGCAUCAACAACGUGAUCAGUCCUCGCCAGGAGGUAGACAGAAGAUCUGACAACCAACGAAGCAAGACACCGGGAAGGACUGACAAAGUGAGUGCAUUCCAGAAGUUGGGGCUGAAGACUGGUGUAACACCAAAGGCUACGACCAUGGAGGACAUGAAGAAGAAAUUAGCAGGAUCUAUGAGUACUGUGCAGUAUCGCCUCCAAAGCCGCAAGCUGUCCCAGCAGCUGGACAACAUGAAGCAAGAAAUAGCUUGUCUGGCCAGAGUAGAAGUUCAUUAGAUGGUGUUUGGAGCAAUGAAUGCACUCAAUGUGGUAACGGGCGUGGCUACAUUCUUGACACCUCCCACCAAUCACAGGUAUGCGACUGCCAGCGGGGCAGUCUGGUAGUCCCCGACCCGGACCUCGACGAACCCGUGCCCUCCUCGCGUCCGUCCACGGCCAUGCUUCGGCUCACCACCGCAACCACACCCAGCCCCCCGAGGUCCAAGACACCACGCCCUCCUUCCCAUCCCAACUUGGGCGUGUCAUCCUAUUGUGAAACCAAGGUCUCUGAACCAACUAUCAGUCAGGAUGACCCAAUCCCCAAAGCAAUCAAUUUCAUCAGUAACUCAAUGGGGCAGUUAGUAACGUUGAAUGAAUCUGCUGAUCUGUCAGGUGCACCAAGACCAGGUAGACUAGGUUUCUCUCAGGGCAGGACUAGACCUAAUGUUACCAGGCAGAGGAGAGAGAACCUGGCCUUCAUGAAAGCUAACGGAGACCUGCGAUCUCCAGGACCAAUGCCAGCUGUACUUACAAAUGCUAGGAGGUAGCACCCGAUUGGUUGUCUAUAAACUUUCUGCUUUAAGUGUAAACCUUUUGCUGAAAUAUUUGUCAGAAAUAUACCAAUGUUGCCUCAUUUUAAAUCCAGAGAAAUGCUUCCAAAUCAAUCAUGAAUACAUUUGAUUUAACUUUGUUGAAUGUUAUUUGAAUAUGCAAUCAAUUAUGUAAAUAAAGAUAAAAUUUUCAAGUUAUGUUUUAUUCAGAUGUUAUUUUUGAUAUCUUCCGAUUGCACAUUAUUGUACUGAAAAUAAUUUAUCCGGAAUUUAUAAUUGUAAAGAAGUAUAGGCAAUCUUGUGACAUGAAGGGGGGGGGUUGUUAGUUACGGUAGGUAGAAGUUUGGUAAAAUGUAUGUUUCUGUAUACAAUGUAGGCUUGAACAAUCUUUUUCCCCUUGGAACAAAUGGUAUACACUGUAUGUUUUAAGCUGUUGAUCAGCUUCAUGUUUUCUGAGUAUUUAUAGGAAUUGCAGUUGCGGUAUGCGGGCAAUAUCAGUCUUUCUUCAACCUAUUGAAUGUACAAGCAGUAAUGAAACUUGAUGUUGUGUGUUCACAAUGUUAUUGAAACCAAUCUUUUAUAUGACUACUUUCUGCACACUACGCAUAUUUAAUGAAUUUUUUUUCCUUAUUAUCUUUGCACAUUUGUAUGUUUAUGUUAUAGGGUUAUAAGAAAGAAAAUACAAUUUUCAUCACGUUAGUGAAUAAUAAUUAACAUAGUUAAAGAUCCAGACCGGACCCGAAAAUGAAAUUGAUAAAUUAUAUACCAAUCGAAAGCUUAUAAGCUACUUAAUACACCAAGGUAUGCUUUAUGCAUUUUCACCGCUUCCCAGCUGAGUAUUUUGCUUAAGAAUAUUCCAAUUAUCGGGUUUCGAACCCCGCUUAGAAAAUAGGCUUUAUUGUGCUUUUCACCUGCCUCAAGACCGUGACGUCACGUUGUGUAAGAAGCGUCGUGAUUCCAUAGGUUUGUACACAGAAAAACUGGGUGAUUUUUUUGCUUUCCAGAUAACGCAUUUCAUUCUCUUCACUUCUAUCACAGAGGGAUAUCACAUAUAUUUUUACCCACAAGCUUGAAUUUAUGAAAUCUGCAGUUUUGAACUAGUUUUUGCCAUAUUUUAUUUCCUGCUUAUUUGGCGCAGAUUUCAAUUCUAUCUGCAUUUAGAUUAUGUAUAACAACUUUUCCUGACAUAGCAAUUUAGGCCCAAUAAGAGCCAAACAAAGAAAUCACAAAAAAGGUAGUGAAUAGUUGUAGGUUUACAACAAUUUGAACAGUGAAUAAUUUUGAGUGCCAUUUUCAUCUAAAAACGAAAAAAAAAUGGAUUCAUAACAUGGAAAUGGAAGAAAAUACCCAAUGCUUUUGUACACAAACCUAUGGAAUCACAACCCUCCUGACACAACGUGACGUCAUCAUUUCCAGGCGACGUGGGGGUGCUCAAUCGAAGCGUACUUUGGAGGAGCAGUUUCUUUGAUUUUUAUUUAAUAUUUUUAACUAUUGGAAGGAGAUAUAUGUAAUAUGUUUGGUAUAUUCGAAUUGUAUGAAUCAUAACCUUUAUUUUGAUAUAUGAUUGUUUUUACACCGGUCAGGGUCUUUAAGCUUUUCAAUUCCUUACUGUGUAACAUUUUACAAAUUGUAUCUAAAAAGGAAAAUGAAACCCUUUGAACCACUUGAAUUCACUAUAAAAAAGAAAAAUCAAAGAAACAGAUCAAUGAAAAUUUGAGAACUAUUUAAUUAAUAAUAAGAAAGUUAUAAGCAUAUUAUUUGAAUAUUGAGAUCACUAAUGAUAUAUAUAGAUCCUCUUAUUGGCAAUGUGACCAAGAUCUGUGAUGUCAUACAUGUACAGUUAUAGUACUUUUGCAUAUUCAUUUAUAUGUUCUCUUUAAUCAUGUCUAUCUAUUAUUAUAGAGGAAAUUUAAUACAGAUUUCACCUCAUAAUCAUGAAUUGUAUGUCCUAUCAAUACGAAAAGGAAAAAGAGAUGAUUUGGGGUAAAUUCUUGGUCUUGAAAUUCAAAUGCUUAUUACUUUCUUAUUAUAUGUCAAAUUAUUAUUCAAACUUUUGUUCAUCUUAUUUUCUUUUAUUUUUAUGCUUUCACACUUUAACUAACUUGUUUCAAGCAUUUCAUUGUCAUUCAGUUAGUAAUAAUCUCCUAGUUGAUAGUGGAGCUGGAUUAGGUUAAGUUAAACUUUAUGGAAAGAGUGACAGCAAAGGAGUGAAAUUCCAGUCCAAAAAAUUAUGUUAUCAUCAAUGUGUAAUAUGGUCACUAAAAUCUCUCUAUUUCAAUUUCUCACUAACAUGUUUAUUAUAAAUGUACAUUUUCAGUUAAUGAUUAAUGUAAUUUUACAAUCAUGAUGGUCUUAGAACAAAAACGUAUCAAACUUUUUUACUGGUAUCAAGACAAGUGAGAAGCUUUUGAAUUUAGCACAUAAAGAAUAUCUUAAUAUCUUCUUGGGAAUUGUUAAGACAGUUAAUGUUUUAAACAUUCAAAAUUUUAGUAAACGUUCUUUUUAUUACUUGUGACUGUACUGUGCAAUGUAUUGUAAUUGUGUAACAAUUUUA